AUGAAACGGUCACAAGGGAAAUCUGCCGGCCGUGGUUUUGAAGGACCCCGCUCCGGCUUUGGAGGCUUUGGAACCGCAGCCUCCGGAACUUCUCUGUCGUACCUCGCCGAGCCUCCCUCGUUCUCAGCUAUUUCCGAUCCAAAUGUUGUUGUUUCGCUCAAGAAUGUAUUAAAGAAAGAUAGUACCACCAAGGCCAAGGCACUCGAGGAGCUAUUAGCUCAUGUUCAAGCUCACCCAUUUGAAAAGGAUGGCGGGGUUGAAGAGGGCAUUCUAGACGUUUGGGUACAAAUAUAUCCACGCACAUCGAUAGACAACUCACGCCGAGUCCGUGAGCUUACGCAUAACCUUCAAUUCGAGCUCAUGAAGUCUGCUCGCAAGAGAUUUGAGCGCCACCUACCAAAGAUCGUCGGCGCAUGGCUUGCUGGUUUAUACGAUCGCGACCGGGUAGUGGCCAGAGCUGCUAGCGAUGGUCUAACCCCAUUUCUCAACACCCCUGAAAAGGUCAUUGCGUUUUGGAACAAGUGCCAGGCCCAGAUCCUUGACUACGCUAUCGAUGCUAUUCAGGAAACACAAGACACUCUUAGCGACGAACGAUCUACCACAGCAGAGGAUGCCGAGGCCAAGUACUUUCGAGUUGUUACCGCCAGCUUAUCUCUUGUUUUGGGGCUACUACAAAAGGUUGAGCAAAGUAACCUAGAUAAGUUGCAAUCACGUUACGAUGACUACUUUGCAGAGGAAAACGUUUGGAAGACAAUCACCUACAGCGAUUCAGCAGUCAGAAAGACUGUUUGCCAGCUUCUCUUUGCUUCUAUCGAACGCAAGCUACCGUAUGCCGACGACACAAAGGUCAAGCAAGCCUUUAUCACAGGUGGCUUAAAGACCAAUCAAGCUGGUUCUGCUCUAGAGUAUGUGCGGGCUUUGACAAAGAUGACACAAAAGUACCCUGAUGUUUGGACUGCGGCAAAGGUUACCACUGGACCAAAGUCACCUCUGGGUAGACUGCAAGCAUUCAUCUCCAAGGGAUCACAGGGAAGCCCUCCAAAGUUUUGGGAGUGUCUGGACCAAUUGUUAAUGGUUCUACCAUCUGACCUCAUUACCCCGGAGGUUGCCUCGCAAUUAUUGUCCUCUCUCAAGUCAGGGAUCACACAUCGCGAAGAACCACGGACGAACACUUCAUUUGCAUGGAAGUGCUUCAUCGAUACCGCCAAGCGACUGCUCAAGAAUCUACCCGCUGACGACCAAUUACCUUUUGUCCAAGAACAUCUGUUCCCUCUCAUCGAGCAAUUCCUUUUCUCGGUAUCUGAAAAGACCGUCGCCAUCCCAAUGGGUCCGAAUGCCAUCUCUGUACUUGUAGAAGCCUACAUCGCCACUGUUCAAGCCUCUCCUUCCGUCGUGUCAGCAUCCGAAGAGGAAUGGAACCGACUUGCCAGCAUCUUUUGUGCAAAGAUUUCCGGCUCUCUACCUGAAGUCUCUCGAGAGUACCAACAGUCCCAGGAAAAGAUUUCAGAGGAAGGUCGACGGUGGUUUGGUCUUGUUGGCCAGAUUGGGGACAAGAUAGCCGAGACAGAUGAUGUCCCCAACCAUACAGCGGAGCCCUCUCUAAAGGCCAUCAGUCAGAGUAUCGCUCUUUUGGAGAGCCGAAAUCUGAAGCCUUUUGGUGCGGCUCGAAUCAUCGAGUAUGCGCUGAGCAUGGCCCCUCGCCUCUUCCAUGGUGAUGGAGUUGCAAGACUCUCGACAUUCUUCACUUCGCUGGCUCGAGACGAUGUUGCUAAAGCUGUUUCUUCACCUUCUUCACGCUACCUACUCUCUUCUCUCCACCUACUUGGCUCUGUGUCUACUCAGUUCGCCCCUAUCUGGAACUCUUGGGUCGAGGCUGUGCUUGAUCUGCCGUCCGAGCCAAGUCGCGAUAUUGCCCUUGCAUCUCUCAUUUCCAACGACAGAGGGGCCGUCCUUGCCAAGGGUAACAUGGACUUGCAAAAGCACAUCAUCGGCCAAGCCGUGCUUCUCGCAGUUGGCAACAGCAACGAUUGGGAACUGUUGGAGGCUGCUGUUACAUAUCAGACUCUGACCGAUGCUAAUUACCGAGAGCUUGUGCAAACUCUUGUUGAGAUUCUUGAAAAGGACCCCUCAAAGACAGCAUCCACGCUGCAAGCUUUGGAGAUUGCUGCCAAGGGACGACCUGAGCUAUUCUCUCGAGACGACCGUGUUCACACGACUCUGGUCGCACUUCUCUUGGGUCUUUCUGAACUUGACGACUCUUCCAUUUCUUCCAAGGCCACUGCUAUUCGUACCCUGUUGGACAGUCAUACGGUUGGCAAGUUGCCUGUUGUUGCCGUCGUUCAAGCUAACCUCGAACGAGCAGGAACACAAUCUCUAGAUAUCGGCACAUUGGUAUCUCAGGCACAGAAUGCCGCUUCUAGCGAUAUCCCAUCUGAGGAGCUCUUCCCAAGCACCAACGUGUGGAUGAAGGAGCUUGCACCUUUCCUUGAAUUUUCUGUGAACCCGGCGCUGUCCAUCACCAACAGCACCGGCGGUGCGUCUGCAUUAGUCAAGGGUACACCUCGAUCCACGCCGCUACGAGUCCACCGAGAUAGAAAGGGACGUUCUAUUCCCGCCCGAAUGGCUCUUUACGUGUCGCAGCUAUCAGAAAAACUCCCGCUAUCACAACUGCCAAAACCUUUUCAACUUGAGCUUCUCUACCUUCAGUGCUUGACCAUCCAGCUAAUCUCUGAUCAAAUCACUUGCAUGGAGGAGAACAGGUUAUGGCAGACCCUCAAGCAUUCUGAGGCCAGUGCUCAAGCUGAAGAGUUUGUCUCCAAGACACGUGCAGUUCUAAGCGAUCUGGCAGCGGACGCUAAAGCCUGGAGCGACUCAGCUGAAAAGCCAAUCAUCCAGGAGCUUAUCGAUCUGUUAACCGAGCACUCGAAGGACUUGGCCCCCAGAGGUCUGUACAGUGCAAGGGCACUCAGUGAGCUUGUGCAGUUCUUGGCAGAGGCACACGGAGCAUCAUCCGGGUUCGAGGAUGCUCUUCUCAAGCCCGAUGUCCUCAAGGUCAGCCCCACGACAGUGCUCCCUGCCGCUGCCAUCAUUACCGGGUUUGGUGAGACUCUCCAACCCUCCAAGGCCGCCAACACCUUUUGCAAUAGAGUUGUAAGCGAGAUUGCGGGCGCCAAUGCGGAGAGUGACAAGACCCUGAUGACUCUGGUCCUGCUUUCGUCUUGUGCUCAAAUUUACGAGGCGGGCGAACUGCCUGUGGCUAACAACCGAAUCGUCUUUGCUGUCCGACAGAUUACUUCAUGGCUUGAUGAGCCCGAGACCUUGAGCCCUGCCCUUUGCGCCGAAAUCUGUCGUUCUCUCACCAAGCUACUCCCAUGCAUGAAAGAUGUCUAUGGCUCGUACUGGGAAAAGGCCAUUGAGUUUUGCAUCUCGCUCUGGAACCGCGCUCACGAAUUCGAACUGAACGAGGCCCUCCCCUUCAUCCACUCUUCGCUGAAGCUGUACAAGACUAUCGAAUCCCUCCCGGAACCCAACGACGAUCUCGAAGAUGCCCUCAAGGAGUUUGCUGGUGCCAAGCCUAGGGCUUUAAUCGAGCUCCUGCGACUCCCUCGGGAAACCACAUCUCAGCCUCUGGAAAUCGUGGAUGCUAUGCUUUGCAGAGAAGUCGAAAAGAUUUCUCUUCGUCAAGUCCCUGAUCUCUGCGAUAUAUUUGGCUUGGUGGCGUCGGAUUCGCGUGAUAUCCAGACAGCAGCCUACAAUUUGCUUCACAAGGCUCUUCCUGAGCAGCAACAGCAAAAGUCGGUUGACGCCAUGUUGGACAAGACAGAUGCUCGAUUGCCUGACGAACUUCUAUCGCUUCUCCUCGACGCUCCCACCCUCGAAAAGUACUCUGACGAGAUGCUCGCAGAGUUUCCUUCAUCCAUCCGCUCAUACCUCCUAUCAUGGAAGCUCGUAUUCGACGCUUAUUCGACGUCGUCAUUCAAGAUCCGCAACGACUUUAACGAUAAUCUCAAGCAAAGUAAUUACGUAGGUCCAUUGUUGGACUUUAUGUUUGACGUCCUUGGACACUCGGCCGCACACCCUUUGAAGCUCGAAAAGAUCAACCUUACGUCCGAACAUAUUCAGGAUUACGACGUCAAGCUCGCCGAGUCGGAAGCAGAGGAGAAGAACAUGCAGUGGUUACUGGUGCACAUCUUUUACCUCCUGCACAAGUACACUCCUGGCUUGUUUAGAUCGUGGUAUAUCGACUGUCGCUCGAAGCAGACACGAAUUGCGGUUGAAUCUUGGACAACGAAAUACUUUUCUCCUCUCAUCAUCGCAGAUGCCCUUGACGAAGUGCAGCAGUGGGCUGAUACUCAGGAACCACCCGCCAUGGACGAGCAGGAACUUGCUGUGCGAGUUGCUCGAGCCGCGCGUGAGAUCAUAGCUGGUUAUGAAGUUGACGAAAGCCAGGCUGCCAUCUCCAUCAAGAUCCCCCAAAACUACCCCAUCGAGAAUGUCGUCGUACAAAGUCUCAACCGCGUCGCCGUCAACGAAAAGAAGUGGCAGAGCUGGAUCAUGACGACGCAGGGUGUGAUCACCUUUUCCAACGGCAACAUCAUCGACGGUCUACAGGUGUUUAAGCGCAACAUUAUCGGUGCUCUCAAGGGCCAAAGCGAGUGUGCUAUUUGCUACAGUAUCAUUUCAACGGAUAAGCGCAUGCCAGAUAAGCGAUGCACGACAUGCAAGAACUUGUUCCACAGGACGUGUCUGUACAAGUGGUUCCAGAGCAGUAACCAGAAUACUUGCCCGCUGUGCAGAAACCCCAUCGACUACUUGGGUGCGGAUACACAAAAGAGACGCCAGGGUUAAACAACAUUGAAUAGGCGAGAUAGAAUAAAAGACUUUUGAAUUGGCGCUGUAA